CUACAGUUGACGCAUGUGGCUGGACUGUUGCUCCUAUAUCAUUAGGACUUCCAGAAGACUCCACAACCCAAGCGGCUGAGAUCUGCUCACGUAAGCCGCCGCCGUAAGCACGGGCAGCACUAGCAGAGGGCACGCGCUUGUUGCAUCGCCCAAAUGAAGAGCUCCCGCGCGCGUGUUGCGCGUCGUUGCUUUCUGGAGCACAAAUCUGGCGUCCGUUUUUACCGGUAAACCUGAACGCAAGGGGCACCUCGAGGGACAUCGUUUUUGCAUCUCCGUGUGUGUGUGUGUUCUUUUUUAUUUAUACUGUAUGUUCACCGAACUCCAGUCUUUUCUGUGCACGAGCAAAACGUAUUUUUCGCAGGCUGUGUGCCCAUCUGGGCGAUGACAUUGGUUGGGCAAAGGAGCGUCUAUUUUGGCGUUUUGCAGCAUCAGGCUGUCUCGUAAAGGAGCGUCAUUUAUGAAUACAUAUUUAUUGAGUUUCGGGAUUGUGUUGAAGGAGAAUGCAGCAACGAGAUCUUGCAGCUCAACAGUGUCACUGACCGGGGCUGUUUCCGGUUCCUAAGUGGCUGGUGUUUCCCCAUCACCAACUGCAUGGGGAAAGCGGCACACACAGAUGGCAUGGACACUUGCGCAAGGUCUGCCGCUCUGCCCUGCUACCGGAGCCUAUUCGAACUCAGUUCCCCACCGCCGUCCUCGCCCCUCGUCAGCCCCGAGAGCACUGCAGCACCGCCGCCGGCCGCCCCUGAGCCACAGCAGACGGCAUGAGGAGGCUUGAUCCGGUGCAUUUCUCCAUGCUCGUCAUCGGGGUCUCCUUCGCCUGCUACACCCCGAGUUUGGAUUCUCUGCAGGACCAGGCUUACCGAUCGGCCGUGGUCAUUGAAGGCGAGGUGAGCUCGCUACCCGAGAACGUCUCCGUGGAGCCCUACAGUGUGGAUGUCAAAGUGCUGGACGUGUGGCCGGUGAACAGCGGCGGGCUAGGGCGCGAGCAGCUCGUCACCGUCGGGGAAUUCGGCUCCGAGGCUCCAUGCGUUGCGGUGCAAAAGAACCACAGAUAUAUCUUUUUCAUGGACCCUACGGAGGAGCCUUUAGUAUUCAAAGCAUCAUUUGCUCCUUUGGACACCAGUGAGAACAAUCGUAAGAAAGAUGUGGAGAGCAUAUUGUGUAAAGACUGCGCAUCAGCUCCAAAGGUAAAGCCCAUGGAUUCUCAGUGGGCUCUGGAAGGUAAAAAGUUGACGCUGAAAUGCGAAGCGGCGGGCAACCCGAGCCCCUCCUUCAACUGGUACAAAGAUGGCAGUCAGCUCCGCAAGAGAAAAGAUGUCAAAAUCAAAACCAACAAGAAAAACUCAAAGCUUCACAUCAGCAGAGUGAGAAUGGAGGAUUCUGGGAAUUACACCUGUGUGGCAGAGAACUCUGUGGGCAGGGAAAACGCCACCAGCUACGUCAGCGUCCAAAGCAUAACCACCACAUUGUCUCCGGGCUCGAGUCAUGCCAGGAAGUGCAAUGAAACAGAGAAAACCUACUGUGUUAACGGAGGAGACUGUUAUUUCAUUCAUGGUAUAAAUCAGCUGUCCUGCAAGUGUCCAAAUGACUUUACCGGUGAACGCUGUCAAACCUCCGUAAUGGCCGGUUUUUACAAGCAUCUUGGAAUUGAAAUCAUGGAGGCCGAGGAGCUGUACCAAAAGCGCGUGCUGACGAUAACGGGCAUCUGCGUGGCGCUGCUGGUGGUUGGCAUCGUCUGCGUGGUGGCAUACUGCAAAACCAAGAAACAAAGAAAGAAGUUGCAUAACCAUCUGAACCAGAACAUGUGUGCGGAGCAUCCGAACCGCAUGCUGGCCAACGGACCCAACCACCCCGGCCCUGGCCCGGAGGAAAUCCCAAUGGUGGAUUAUAUGUCGAAGAACGUCCCGGCAACUGAGGGAGUAAUACGUCACGGAACAGAAACUUCAGGCAAUUUUUCGGGCAGCCGAAUGUCCUCAAGGUCCCAUCACACUUCUACAGCUUCUCACGCUUCCAGUCACCGGCACGAGGAGCGCACAUGGAGUAUGGAACGCACAGACAGCAUACACUCUGACUGCCAGUCGGGGGCACUUUCCUCCUCUGUUGGCACUAGUAAAUGCAGCAGCCCGGCGUGUAUGGAGGCCCGUGCUCGCCGUGCAGCGUACUGUGGAUAUCCUGACGCUCCACAGUGUUCCUUAGAGUAUGGAGAUUCUUACAACUCCCUGCGGGAUUCACCCCACAGUGACAGGUAUGUGUCCGCUCUGACCACGCCGGCGCGUCUGUCUCCGGUGGACUUCCACUCCUCACUGCCCCCGCAGGUGCCUACCUUUCAGAUCACCACGCCCAACGCCAGCCACGCCCUCUCCCUGCCGCCCGCUGCCUCCGCCGUCGCCAUGGCAGCCUACUCGCCCGAGGACGACCAGCCGCUCCUGCACCGUUACCGGCGCUCGCGACGGCCGUACUACGCGGCAGAAAGCACGGGCUCCCUUCCGUCCAGCCCGUACCGCUUCGUGGACGACGAGGACUACGAGACCACGCAGGAGUACAUGACCUCCCGAGAGCAGCCGAAAAAGAGCGGCAGCGGGCGCCGUUGGCGCAGAAGAUCGCGGGUCAAUGGACACGUCGCGCAGCGCGCACCUGGACCCAGGAACUACAGCUCUCAAAGUUGCCUGUCAGACAGCGAAUGGGAGGACGAUGAGGUAGGCGACCUGGGCCACGGCGAAAGCACGCCGUUUCUUAGUAUGCAGAACAUGAACGCCACCGAGCCGGCCACCAUCUACCGACCCAACGACACGCGGACUUACAGCAACACAGGACGCUCUGGCACCCGCGGCAACGUGCAUUCGAACAAACUGUCGCAAUCUCGGUCCAAACCAGACAAUGCACCCCUUUAAAAAGAGAAGGAGAAAACAAGGACGAAUAAACGUAUCUAGGAGCGCAAAACAAAUGAUAUGCUAUAGACCUGCACCUAUGAGAAAUAUUUUUUAUUUUAUAUAACAGACAGAUAUUCUAAACAAAUGAAAUAUUUAUUUUCAUUUCAGCAAAAAUUGUCUACUAGCUAGCAGCAAAGACUUUUUUUAUAGGGGGAAAACUAUUUAUAUGUAAUUUCUUUUUUUGAUUUACAGCAUUACGAGAAACAAUUACGUGCCAAUUUUUUCACGAGUUAGAAAUAGAAUAAUAUUGUGGUGCCUUUUGCUGUUUGCCGAUGAGGGAGGUUCAGUUGAGUUUUUGUAGCCUUUCGUAAAACAGACCCCUGGGUUUUAUAGACAUGUUCGUCUCUCUCUUUUUCUUUUUUCUUUCGUUCCUUCGUUCGUUCGUUUCGUUCGUUCAGGAUCUCCCCAUUUGAACUGUGAUAUUAUUCAGACACCAUGCAAUAUCGAGUCACUUCUGUGUAAGGUGUUUGUUUACAUCAGUAGGAUUUACAUGCCCGCACCCGAUUCAUUCUGUACCGACAAAACAUCGGAUCGCUCUUUACGUUUCCUUUGGUUUACGCGUUUCGUUCAUAGUUGUUUCUCAACUGGUCGUCGCAUAUUGUUUCCGUGGAAACAGAAGUAUGCAGGAGUUCACAGGGCACGGCGCCGGGUCCUCGGCGUUCAGGGUUUUCAAACGUGGUGGUCUGUACGUCCAAUGAAUGUGUUUACACUCGUGUGUGUGCUUGAAAGCGUAGUCUGUGAAUGUGGAAUCUCAGUGUAUAUCUACGUGUCUUCGUGUACACAGUAGUGGCUGCCUUUCAGCGUGAGGACGCGUUUAGUUUGUGCGUUUAGCGUCGUGUUCGUCUUCAGGUUACCGUUUCGAGUGCGUGUUCGUGUGUGUAGACAUACGCCUGUGUGUACCAGUGCUCCAGUAAACGUGUGCGAGUAUGCUUGUAUUCUUUCCGACGGAUCUAAAGCAAGCUCUCUGUUUUAGCAAGUGACGCCAAUGGGUUAAAAACCGAAAGAGAGACAUGUUGGUGACUUUGUCGCCCCCUCGUGGUGAGACGAGCUCAUUGCACUGUAUCUUCCUUCCAUGAGUAGUCAUUGGCCGCAGUGCCACCUGCGGGGGAACCAAUCCAGCCUGAUUCUAGCCUACACGGACCUACAUCUCUUCUCUUAGCCCACACGUUUCCAUUCCUAUGCCAGCAGCUUUAAGCCGCACUGUGUCUCAGGACUUUUCAUCGAAAACUCAUAAGACGCCUCUCCGACCGGAACGGAUCCAUUACUGCCCGUAUUGUCUACGUGAUGCUGGGGAGACCAUACAGAAGGAUUCGACCAGCUGUGUUUGUCUGCAAAUGGUCCAUGUUUUCGUCGUUUCUCUUAGCUCCUCUUUCCUAUUUCUGUGAUUUUCUUUUGUGUGUGUGCAAGCUGGAGACUUGCUCAAAGCAACAUGUGUUUGGCUACUAGACGUGCAACUUUAGGCGGAUGAAGAUAUAGUGUGAACCCCUCCUUCCAGAGCCCAGCAGCCUACGAUACAUUUAGAUAAAACAACAUAUGCACACGUUCACAUACAGGCCCAGUUCACCCUAAAAUAACCGUUUGUUUCUUCGCUCGCCCCCACAUCAUUCAAGACAUGUUUGUUAGACACCAAAGAACACCAAAAGUCAUUUGUUUCAAUUCAUUUACAAUGAACUAAGCUUAAAGGGACAACUCGCCCAAAAAUGAGGAACGUUGCUAACCAAAAAACACUGGCCCCCAUUGACGUCCAUUGGAUGGACACAAAACCACGUAGACGAUAUCUUCUUUCGUGUUCCAGAGUCAUGUAUAGGUUUUGAUUGACUUGAGGGUGAAUAAAUGAUGACAGAAUCUUAGAUUUUGGGUGAACUGAUCCUUUAAGGCUUUCAAAAGGACACCGAAGCAUCAGUAAGCAUUUUGUAAGCAUUGGUUAAUAUGACUCGUGUGCUGUAUUCUGACAUUUUGAAUAGCCGUUGUGUGAAAUACAGACUGAAAGACUUCCUCCAGUCGGACGGAGCACACGAGUCAUAUGGAGCACAUUUAAAGUGCAUUCGUGUUCUCUUUGAAGCUUGAAAGCUCCCUGUUUAUUGUAAUCGCAUGGAAAAGUUUGACCAAGUACAUCAUUAAAAAUGUUUAGUGCAUUUUUCUACUGGAGAACGAAUGACAUUAGGGUGAAUAAAUGAUGGGAGAAUUUUUAGUUUUGAUGACGCUCUCACACACACCUGCAAAUACAUACAGUACACAUACACUUUAACACACACAUGCACACUAAAGUCAUUUAGGGUACUCACAUAUACACACACACGCUCAUUUGAAGCAGCACUCGUCUCACAGAUUUCUUUCUUCCUGUACUUCUCUUCUGUUCUUCCUGUCUGCCCGUGAAGGCGUCCCUUCCUCUGCAUGUACUAGUGGUUCAGGUAGAUGGGUGCAUGGUUACCGCAGCAACCGAGUCGUGUUCACACGGUGAAGGUGUAGAUUUCAUUUGACAUUCAGCAAUAAAUCCCCUUUUUCAUGUUCAUUCUUUACUUGGAAUAUGCUAGAAAUUUUUGCAAGUUUUCUCAAAAAAAUAGUACUUGUAAAAAAUAAAAUAAAAUCAAACCACUUGUUCACAUGGAGAAAAAA